AGUUUACUCGUCAAGGGUGUUUGAAAUAUUUGAGAGGAAGUUGUAAGGAAUUUAUACUAUGUAUUCAAGUUUGUGGCAAUUAAAACGUUGAUGAUGUUAUAUAUUCAGAUAUACUAACAAAAAUAUUCAUAAGAUGGUGGAAUCGGUCCAAAUGUCUGGAUGAAUAGUACAAAUGGAUGAAAAUGCCGCCGUCGCAGUCACAUUUGUCGUCGUCGCCGCCAUUUUGUCAUCACUUUUAUCGAGCACAAACGCAGCAGUACAAAAAACUAAGCCCAAAAAAUCAGUCAAUAAAGCAACUACUGCUGACACAAAGAUCGGAACUAAAAGCCAUCAACUGGAAGACAAUAGAACAUCAACUGGAAUUCGAAGCAGCUCAAAUAGUCAGGAAACACGUAAUAAAUAUUCAGAAAUAUAUAAUUACAGAGGUAGAAAAGGGAUUACAAAGGCAAUUGAAAGGAUCGGCGGUAAUUUUUGUGGUCAACCAGAAAAAUUGUUUCCAAAAUUCUUAUUCUGCGUACAAUGGACCAAUAAAAAUAUCAGAAGUCACUCUGAGUUAUCCAAUUUGAUGUUGAGCAGUUGAGUGAAUUGUCUGCUGUCAUACUAAAGGCAACAAAGAAGCAAAAACGAUUAUUAGAGAAAGAUUAAAAAAAAUAAACCGCAAAUAAAGAAGCAUAAUAAAAGCUGUUAUAUUAUUACAAAAAAACUUUUCAGUUUCCGUAUCGUCGAUAUCUUCGUUAUAUUGGUCAGCUGCCAAUUGCGAUUCAACGAUACGCAUAAUCCGAAGUAUCCUUAUAGAAUGCGCAAAAUGGCGGAUGGUGGACAUACAUUCGUAAAGAAGACAUUUGGAAAGCCAACGUAUUGCCAUCAUUGUUCAGAUUUGAUUUGGGGUAUUAUUCAGAUCGGUUAUAUAUGUGAAGUGUGUAAUUUCGUCAUACACGAUCGUUGCGUCUCAAAUGUUGUUACUCCAUGCUCUGGUAUUGCCCCAUGUAUUAUAAAGAAUCCCGUCGCGCAUUGCUGGUCGGAGCCAACUCACCAUAAAAAGAAAUUCUGUACCGUUUGCCGCAGGCGAUUAGAUGACAGUCCAGCAGUACAUUGUUUAAUUUGCGAAUAUUUCGCACACAUUGAGUGCCAAGAUUUUGCUGUGCCUGAUUGUACUGAAAAUGCGACGUAUGUGCCCGGCAAAGAGUUGCAGAGUGUGAAACAUCAGCAUCAUUGGAGGGAAGGUAAUUUACCGCCCACGUCUAAAUGCGCCUAUUGUAAAAAGACAUGUUGGUCAUCAGAAUGCCUCACAGGCUAUCGAUGCGAAUGGUGCGGUAUGACAACACAUGGUGGAUGCCGCACGUACCUGACAACAGAAUGUAAUUUUGGUGUACUGCAACCCAUCUAUUUACCUCCACAUUCGGUCUCGAUUCCACGCACAGAGGUGCCAAUUGAAGCUAUUAUUGGUGUGCAGGUUAAAUCGAAAACUACAUUAGUACGUGAUUACUCGUGCCCUGAUUUGGGAACGAUAGAGUGCCCAUCAAAUUCUACUACCGUUAAGUGCAUGACAGCCAAUGAAGGCUCAAUGGCAGAUGUUAUGAAUGAAAUAAACAAAGCUCCUGAACUAAGCUUAAAAGAAAUUUUGUUUAUCGAAAGACAACGUCGUAAGAAAUCAAAAGAAAGAUUUCUACUAUCAUCAUCGACAUCAUCAAUAUCCGCCACACCAACACCAUCUUUAUCUUUACUUACACUCCCAGUAGUUGAGAAAACAGCUAUAAAUGCAGAGAACAAAGAAGAUGAUCAAUAUAAGUCCAUGAGUAUUCCUGUACAUUUGAGUGAGGAUUGUGCUGUAAAGAUUGCCAGCGGAACACCAUUGAAUCCAAAUUUGAUAUGCAAUAUUCAAAGGUCUUCAUCUACAUCCUCUUCACUCCAUUUAUUAUAUACGAAUUUAUCGCGCCGCAUGCAUCCAGUUUCGCGAAAACAUUUAUCAUCAAAUACCGAAGAUGAGGAAGAGAAUAUCAAUUUUUGCGAUGUAAAUAAUAGUGAAGUUAGUGGUGAAUAUCAUAACCGUAACAUUAAACGGCUAGAAUGUAGAGAACAUGGAAUCGGGGGAAACACUUUACGACGACAAUGUCCGAGUCAUUAUGAAACUUCUGAUACGGGAGAUUAUUUGACAACUGCGAACGACAUUGAAUAUGACUCUAACGUAAAUCAGAAUAGUAAUUUAAGCUAUAAUAGUAGUAAAAUUAAUAUAUCAGUAGAAAAUCGUUAUAAAUUAGAUGAAAAACUGGAAAAUGCUCAAAAUGUAAUAUUAACUGCAUGUGCACUCAAUGCAUGUCAAACAAUCAACACACCAACACUAGCUACGCAAGCGGCAAUGACUACAAAAGUUGACAACAGCAAUGCACAUGAAAAAUUUUCCAAGACUGCUGCUUUGUUAAAAGCGAAAACUUACAACCUCAACCCAUUGAAGGGUGUCCCGAACAAAGGCGGCUCCCUCAGCUGCUCGCCUAAUUCCAGCGAUUGUUCGUCACAUUCGCCUAUGCCGGAGAGUUCUUUAAAAAUGGAUCUUUCGGCAGUGAAUCGUAGUAAAUCAUUCCAGGAGCCUGGCGUCAAACAAUAUACACGUAAAAAAAACUACACACGACUUUUUCGACGCCGCUCGAAAAAACGUGCUCAUGAAUUGGUGCCAAUAGGCACUAAAACAUCUAAGAGUGCUUUCAGUUUAGAUACUACAAGACAAAAUAUAGAAAUUACCAUACAGGAUGAAUAUGGAAAUUAUCAACCAUAUAAUGAUGACUAUUUGAGUUUAAAAGAUGUGCGCAGUGGACUUGGCCGAAGCGGAUAUACUGACGAUGAUGACGAUUACGAGGAGGAGUUCGAUGAUGAGAAAUCAGAAUAUCAAACGCCAGCGUAUGGUAGUGAGGCCAGCAGUCCUAUUAACUUUCAUCGACAUAUAGAUGUUCAGCCAUAUGGCUUUACGAGUGACGACGCCACAGCAGGUGAUAUAAGUGAUGGUGGUAGUAGUCGCAGUCGAUCGCGCGUUAGUGACAACGAAGAACAUGUAUUCGGACGGUUGCUGCGGCGAAUGCAGUGCAUAUCGCUUGGGUGGCGGAAGCAUCGUUACUACAAACGCAGAGCUCGAAGUAUAUCAGAAGAGUUUAGCAGUGGUGACACGCCACGCCUAAAAGAUGAUGAAUCUGUCAUUAAAACUGAUACAAUGCACGCUAGUGCAGUUAGUGGCGGCAGUGGUGCGUCAUCUCACUAUCGCCAAGAAUCUUCACACAAAUCGGAUAAAUCAGACAAAGAUAAAACCAAAAAGGAAAGAGAAAGCGAGGAAAAGGACAUUGAAAUGAUUAAAGUUUUCGACGGUAACAACUCAUUUAGACGGCAACUAUAUCGGGUAAUUAGUGUACCACGGACGUAUACCUUAGAACAAUUAUUAACAACAGCAUUACGCGCAUUCCAUAUUACUCGGGAACCCAGCGCAUUUUACAUGACUGACUUGUAUGCUGCUUCUGGUAUGGAGGACGCCCCAUUACAAGAUCCAACGCCCGUAAUGAACUUGACGCAUUUGGAAGGUAAGAGACCAGCAAUAUAUCUAAGGUUUCAUGAUAAGGACAAAGGAUAUGUACGCGUUUAUCCUGGUAAACUACAAUGCUCUCUGGAAGAGCCGUAUGUUAAUGUUCCUGUUGAAAAUACAACCAUUAUUAAGGAUUUGAUUCGUGAUGCUUUAGAUAGAUUUGGUUUACAGGAUAACCAAAUCCAAGAUUACAGGUGUUCUGAGGUAUUAUUAGACCGUGGGGUUACCGAACGGAUAUUAUCAUGGAAUGAGCGUCCAUGGGAUAUAAUGAAGCAACUUGGCAAGGAUUCCAUCAGACAAAUGGAAUUAAUGCGAUUUUAUAUGCAGCAUAAGCAGGAUCCGCAUGGACCAAAUAUCGCGUUAUUCGUUGGAAAUUUACCACCAGGCUUAUCACAACGCAACUACGAACAAAUUUUGAAUAAAUAUGUUACAGAUGAAAAUAAAUUUACUAGUAUUGGACCUAUCUACUAUGAAUAUGGCUCAGUGGUACUGUCAUUCGAAGACGCUCAAAAGGCGGUUCGAGCCUUCUAUAACCUACGUGAAACUAUUAUAGAAGAUAAGAAACUUUUAGUCAUGCUAUUACCAAAUAUAGAACCCAGCAUGGUACCACCAGAUGUACGACCACUACUAGUAUUUGUUAAUGUUAAGUCAGGCGGUUGUCAAGGGCUUGAACUAAUAUCAAGUUUUAGGAAGCUUCUGAACCCAUACCAGGUAUUCGACUUGGAUAACGGAGGGCCACUACCGGGAUUGUAUGUAUUUCGGCAAAUUGUCAACUACAAAAUACUGGUAUGUGGCGGCGAUGGCACCAUCGGAUGGGUAUUACAAUGCUUGGAUAAUGUGGGACAGGAUUCAGAAUGCUCAAGUCCGCCUUGUGCCAUAGUUCCUUUGGGCACCGGAAAUGAUUUGGCCCGAGUACUCUGCUGGGGUUCUGGGUAUACAGGAGGCGAAGAUCCUUUAAAUUUGCUCCGUGACGUUAUCGAAGCUGAAGAUAUUCGCUUGGAUCGUUGGACGGUUGUAUUUCAUCCAGAGGACAAGCCGGAUGAGUCUGCAUUAAAGACGCCCUCAAAUACAACGGGUAAGAAGAAGAAGGCUCAUCAAGCACAUCUAUCGCAACAAACAAAUCAGCACCAUCAAUUACCGGCUAUAACAUCGACUGAAAUAUCAGGUGGUGGCGCCCAAAAUGAGGACAACUCACAAAUAUUCGUUAUGAAUAAUUAUUUCGGUAUUGGCAUUGAUGCCGAUCUUUGCCUCGAUUUUCACAAUGCACGCGAAGAGAAUCCAAAUAAAUUCAAUUCUCGACUACAUAAUAAAGGUUAUUAUGUUAAGAUGGGUUUGCGAAAAAUUGUUGGUCGAAAAACCGUUAAAGAUCUUCAUAAAGAAUUAAAAUUGGAAGUUGAUGGCAAAGUCGUUGACCUUCCACCUGUUGAGGGUAUUAUUAUCUUAAAUAUAUUGAGCUGGGGUAGCGGCGCAAAUCCGUGGGGACCAGAUAAGGAUGAUAAUUUUUCUACACCAAAUCAUUACGAUGGAGUAUUGGAGAUCGUUGGUGUUACAGGUGUUGUACACUUGGGACAAAUACAAUCCGGUAUACGGACGGCAAUGAGAAUCGCACAGGGAGGUCAUAUCAAAAUUCAUUUAUACUCAGAUAUGCCAGUACAAGUCGAUGGAGAGCCGUGGGUACAAAGCCCUGGCGAUGUUGUUGUUUUAAAAUCAGCUCUAAAAGCCACAAUGUUGAAGAAAAACAAAAGCAAAAUGAAGCGACGCAACACCGAGCCAACAAUGACACUUACCGGAACAGCAACACCACAACUCUCGCUAAUGCCCGUUACCGUAUUGGCUGCGGCCAGCGACAGUAGCACCGGCGAUGCCGAUGCUGAGAAUACGCCGAACAAUACCGAUUUCUGAAUAUGGUACAGUGAGCGAUUAAUUUAACGUACUAAUUAAUGGGAGUUUUUUGGAACAUAUAAAAAUGUGCUUGAAAAAUAUAUAUUAUAGCUUAUUUGGAUUUUAUAUUAAUAUCAAUGCAUAAUAAGAACAAACAUUCCAAAUAUAAAAUUUAUUCUCUUUGUACUUCCACAUUAAAAAAAAUUUGUUUAUCCACUGAGUUGGAAAAAUAUAUAUACUCUACUAAAAUAGUUUAUAGCGGGAAAUACUAAAUUAAAAAGAUAUGUAUAUGGAUAAAACACUACCCCUAUAGCUUAUUUAAGUUAUAUACAUACCAAAACACACAUAAGAUCAUUUAUAAAAGAGACUUUUUAAACAUUAAAUUUAAAACUUUUUAAAGCAGAAGUGUGAACCAUGCAUAUGCAUAAAGUAUAAUUGUUGGAAAUUUUUGCAUUAUGAUUAAUAGUACGUUAAAUGGAAAUCGCUCUCUGAUUUGCAAUUUAUCUUACUUGCUUCAAAUGUAUGUAUAUUAUAAGGAGCCACUAGCUUCUACACUAUUGUGCAAAUUAUUGAAAGAAAAAAGAAAUAUAUUUUUCCUUUCACAUAAAGUGAAUGUAUAUCAUUCAAUAAACGAAAGCACUUAAGUAAAAAUAAUAUGACCAAGAAUAUAAUAAAUGUCAAUAGCACACCAAUAGCACACGCACGUAUGAGCACAAUGAGAAUCAUUGUAAAAGCAUUCACCUAUAUUUGACAAAUGUAUUAAAUGACUUAAUUUACUGCAUUAAAUAUCGGAAUGAAUUUGGUGUAUUUUCAUAUAGACUUUUAGCUUAUUUUAAGUUUAUUUUUCUCGCAGAGAUACAUACAUAUAUGUAUAUAUGAAUAUGUUUUUCCGGCCAGAUAAUCAAAUAUUAAAAAUCAUUUCAUAUAAUCGUAAUUCAAUUCAAAAUAAAUUUGUAAUAACAGAUUUUACAUACGUAUUAUUAUUAUUUAAUCUGCGCAGUGAAUGCAACAAAUUCACUUCAGGCACGAUAUUUUAGAAAUUUGUAAAUAUCAAACACUAAAUGAUGUGAUUUACUCAAGUCAGACGAAUAGAACUUACAUAAGUAUAUUCAUACUCAAGACUACUCUCAAAUAUGGACAUACGUAAAAUAAGAGAUGAGCAGAAGUAAUGAAUGCUUUGAAUACCCUGUGCAAACUUUCAAGCAAUACGUAUAGAUAUUGUUUCUUAUUUUCUUGCACAGAGUCACAUCAACCCAUAUUCACAUAAAAUGAAAUCUAUCUACACAAAUAUAUUCCAAAAGUUUGUUGUCUGGGAGUCACGAAACUCAGACAACAUCAUUUCAACAUUCAUAUUCACACUUAAAAUACAGUUACGUAUACAUAAAUUAAAUUAUUAAAAAAUUACAUAAACAUCUGAGCACAUGUUAAAAAAGAGAUAAUAUAUAUAGUAAUAAAUAAGCAAAUAUUGCGAUAAAUCGCCUCCACCUGCUAAGAUUAGGGGCUCAGUGAAUGUGGUCUAAUCAGCCGCUCAUUAAAAUUUCGUGAAUAUUGGUCACUGACACACUGCAGACAAAGUCAAUUUUUCAAUAUUUCUUGCAAUUUUAACAACUUAAAAUUGGGAGAUAUAUUGAUAAGUGUAUUAUCACCAACGAUUAACCGCUUUCACAAAAAAUCGGCAGCUGCUUGGCGAUUUUGAAACAAAAAAUCAAUAUAAUUUUUUUAGCUUAAUACAUAGUCUAAAUGAAAUAUAAAAAACCUCUCUAUCUUAAGAAAAGUGAAAUAAGUAAAAACUGAAUAAAUACUUAUAAAAUAUGCAAAUAUUUAAAGAAAUCCAAAACAUAAAUACCAACAAAAUUUGAACUACUAAAACAGAAAAAUAAACCAAUUAGAAAUUGAUGUAGUGUGUAGUAUUAAGUCAUAUAACAAAUUAUAGAAGAACACAUUACCCACUUAAAAACAUAAAUUGACAAAAACCAAAUAUAACUACAUAAACCCAUGCAUAUGUAAGUACAUACAUAUAAGCAUAUUAAAAUGAAAACAGCACUUACUAAAUCGUAACAACCACUAUGUACGCUAAAAAAUGCAAUUAUAUGUAUAUGUAUGUACAUACAUAUGCAUAAGUAUGUAGUAUGUUUAGAAAAGAUUCAAAAUGGAGAGACGUGAAGUCAGGAAUUUGCUGAUUUUCAUAUUUGUAACCUAUAUACAUAUGUAUAUUGCAUAUAAUUUCAAAUUUAUGAAAACAUCCCCUCCGUUAUACAUAUAAUUAUAAAAAUGCAUUAUUUUAAACUGUAGUAACCUGCUAAUACAUGAUCAUAAAAAUAUAAGCUUUUUGGUUGAAUUUGUUUUAAAAAACAAGCAUACAUUCAUACGAGUUAGCAUAGAUGUACAGAUAUACGUACUUCAUAUAUCUGAAAGUGUUCGUUAUCAAAGGUUCAUAGUUACAUACAUAUGUAUAGUUAUAGUUGUACAUUCACCAUAUGUACUACUAAGAUUUAUAGUAGGUUGGUUGACCACAAAAGAAUAUGAAUAUGAACGCAGAUAUUUAGAAUGCUGUAUCUAUGUAUCUAUGUAUAAAUGUGGACUUACACAAAAUAUGAGAAUGUCAUAAAAUAUGAAAACAUCCACCUUAUUUCCUUAUUUACAGAACAAAAAAAACUUAUUUGAGGUACUAUAUCAUAUAACUCGUAGACCUGUUUUUAACACAUAAUAAAAUGUACAAGUAUUAUGGCAUGCAUGAUCAUAUUGCUAAAAUAGAAAUUAAUUUGUUUUGAUAUUGUGCCAUAAUGCAUUUUAUAUAAAUUAUUCUAUCAAAAUGUUCUAGAAUUGAUCACAGACUCUAUUACAAUAAUUACAAAACAUAGAUAAUUGAUGGCUAUGUAUUCUCUAAUUAAAUGCAUGAAAUACAUAUGUAUGUAUAAAACAACAUUGAUGGAACUUGAAACACCAUGAAAAUACUACAUGACAUCCUAAAAGUCAUAGAACAAUGCGAAUUUGCAAAUAGAAAAAAAUACAAAACCAUAAAACUACAAAUAAAUGUAACUAAUGACAGAACAAAUAAAUCUUAAUGAAAUUUCAA